AUGCGCCUCACGCCCACCCUCCACGCAUCCUCCAGUAGCCUCUCCACCGUAGCGCGUGGCACAGCUUUUGAAGAACGCUCCCUUCGCCUCCUGCGCGAUCACCUCUCCAUGUCCCUCUCUCGCGUGGGCGGUAAAUCCGACGGAGGGAUCGACCUCGCCGGAUGGUGGUGGCUGCCACACGCCCAUAUCUCCGACACGCAGACGCGGCGCCGAAUACGCGUUUUAGCCCAAUGCAAAGCCGAAUUCAAGAAGAUGGGCCCGGCGUACUUGCGCGAGCUCGAGGGAGUCGCCCUGAGGCAGCGCGCAGAGUCCGACCGCACGCUCGUCGCGGCUCUGAUCUCCCAGUCGGCGUUCACCAAGGCCUGCUUACUGGCCGCCCAGGCAUCGCCUGUACCGCUCAUGCUACUCCAUCUACCAGAAGAAGGUGGCGGACUGGGCACCGCAAUAUGGAACUCCGCGUUGGGGUCGAGCAAGGGUGUACUGGAGGGCGAUGCCGAGUUGAGAUGGGCGUAUGGUCUUGGGACAGGCGAUACGGGCGAAUCUUCGCCAACUUUGUUUUGGCGCGGUACAAGGCUUCAGAGCUGGACACCACCGUGA